AUCCCGCCCGUCCUGGCCCCGCCCCGCGGCGGCGCGCAGGGCAGACCGGGGGCGCGCAGGCAGCCGCGGCCGCCGCCAUGGGCUGCACUGUGAGCGCCGAGGACAAGGCGGCCGCUGAGCGGUCCCGCAUGAUCGACAAGAACCUGCGGGAGGACGGCGAGAAGGCGGCGCGGGAGGUGAAGCUGCUGCUGCUGGGUGCUGGCGAGUCUGGGAAGAGCACCAUUGUCAAACAGAUGAAAAUCAUCCAUGAGGAUGGCUACUCAGAGGAGGAGUGCCGGCAGUACAAAGCCGUGGUCUACAGCAACACCAUCCAGUCCAUCAUGGCCAUCAUCAAGGCGAUGGGGAACCUGCAGAUUGACUUUGGAGACUCCUCCAGAGCGGAUGACGCUCGGCAGCUGUUUGCGCUCUCCUGCACCGCUGAGGAGCAGGGCAUCAUGCCAGAGGACCUGGCCAGUGUGAUCCGGAGGCUGUGGGCUGACAACGGGGUCCAGGCUUGUUUUAACCGCUCCCGAGAGUACCAGCUGAAUGACUCCGCUGCCUACUACCUGAACGACCUGGAGAGGAUAGCCCGUGUUGACUACAUCCCCACUCAGCAGGAUGUGCUGCGCACCAGGGUGAAGACCACCGGCAUCGUAGAGACCCACUUCACCUUCAAGGACCUGCACUUCAAGAUGUUCGACGUGGGGGGCCAGCGCUCGGAGCGGAAGAAGUGGAUCCACUGCUUCGAGGGGGUGACGGCCAUCAUUUUCUGUGUGGCCCUGAGUGCCUAUGACCUGGUGCUGGCUGAAGACGAGGAGAUGAACCGGAUGCACGAGAGCAUGAAGCUGUUUGACAGCAUCUGCAACAACAAGUGGUUCACGGACACAUCCAUCAUCCUCUUCCUCAACAAGAAGGACCUCUUCGAGGACAAGAUUGUGCACAGCCCCCUCACUAUUUGCUUCCCUGAGUACACAGGGGCCAACAAGUAUGACGAGGCGGCCAGCUACAUUCAGAGCAAGUUCGAGGACCUGAACAAGCGGAAGGACACCAAGGAGAUCUACACCCACUUCACUUGCGCCACCGACACCAAGAACGUGCAGUUCGUCUUUGAUGCCGUCACCGACGUCAUCAUCAAAAACAACCUGAAGGACUGUGGGCUCUUCUGAGCGCCGGCGCUGCCCAGGACCCCUGGGCCUGCCAGUGAAGGAAGGACCAUGCCACCCCCCACUCCUGCUUCUCUUCGGAUUCAUCCCUCUGCCCCCACCCCAUAAAGAGACUUCUGGGUGCCAGCGCAGUGGCAGGGCCCGUGUCCCCCCUGCUGCCUGUGUUUGUCCCCCGCCACCCUCCUCCUCCUCGCUGGCGUCACCCUUCCCGGGGAAAACGAGGUUUUAAUCUUGGUUUUUAAGCCCUGAACCCUUCCACCCCCCUGUCCAUGUGCUCCAUGUCCCCUGUUGAUGUGCUCCGAGCCCUGGCGCUCUCUCUGUUUACAUUGCAAGUGUUGCUGGCACGGGGAGGGGACAGGGGGGUCCCCUCGCGGAUGCCCACCCAGCCAAAAACACGACGAUGACAUUCCUUUGAGUAGACCAGAAAAGAAAGACAAAAAAACCCCACCAACCACCCCAAACCCAUGCAAAAAAACCACACCACAGUGGCUGGGGCCAGGUUGCUUUUUAAAGAAACCUUUUUACCAAACUAUUUAAAAGCGUCGAGUGCUAUGUGGUGGCAGCGUCCUCCACAGCCAGCCCACCCCCAACCGUGUGCCUUGGGGGGGGUCCCACACCCCACCCCGCCUCGCUGCCCCCCAACACUGCCCGAGGGGCGGGCAGGGGGUGCUGCCGCUGCCUGUAUCCCCCCUCCCCCCCCCUUCUUUCUAAGCCUAGUUUUGUAGGGCUAGCUGUUGCGUUGGGCAAGGAGAGCCUGCUGUACAGUGGCCCCUGCUGUCCCCCCCCAGCCCGGGGGGGCCCCCUCAGCCGGUGCCUGCGGCCUCGCUUUUCCCACAGGAUGUUUUACCGAAUUGUUCACAUGGUUUGAAAUAAUAAAAUGUAGAAA